UUGUGUUCCCUGUCUUUUAUCCUUUUUUCUAUCUCUCUUUGCCAUUGUGUGGUGUCGCCAUGGCUUGUUUGGCUACAGGCGCAAUGAUUUUGCUCAGUUUUAUGUCUGCCGUUGGUGUCUGCUUUGGUACUGUGUAUAAGGUGGGCGACUCUAAAGGGUGGACUAACGAAACCAAUGUUGAUUACAAGGUUUGGUCUUCUAAUUCGACUUUCUUCGUCGGCGAUACUUUUUUUUUCCAGUAUGAUUACAAAUCCAACGACGUAAUGGAAGUGAGCCGCGAGGAUUUCGAGUCAUGCAACGUAAGAAGUCCACUCAACUUAUACACCAGCGGCAGGGACUCCAUCACCAUGUGGAAGCCUGGCCAUUAUUACUACGUUUGCUCCUUUCCGGGUCACUGCCAAGCCGGCCAGAAGGUUGACAUCAGGGUCUUGAUCCAACCUCUAAACCCGACACCUUCCCCCGGCCCGAGUCCAUUAAAUCCACCUACCUCAAGUCCAAGUCCAAGUCCAAGUUCCACACUGCCAUCUACACCAAGUUAUCAGCCAACCCAUCCACCUAGCCCAAGUCCAAGUACUUCUAUUCCGGCCACUCCGGAGGUUCAGUCACCACAUUUCUCUAUGCCGGGAGCAGAUCAGGCGCCUGCACCAUCUAAGAACACUGCUCCGAAGUCGUUCCUACCAUCCAAGGGCUUGCUUUCUCUUCACCUUAUGAUGGCUGUGGGUUUUCUUGCAUAUCAUUAAUAUGGAUGUGAUUCUGUAGGAAGGAUAGAGAUCAUAUAGUUCCCAGCUAGUAGUAGUAGUUAACUAGUUAUAUAUGUUUAAUUAAUCAAUAACCAAACGUUCUACGUACGUACGAUUUACUUAAACAUGCUUAAAUUUGUUUCUUUAUUAAUUUAGUGAUCAACGGUAUGAUCAAA